AUGAGCUGCGAUGAUGACCUUGAGCGCGAGUUUCGAAUCCCUGGCUUUCUCGACUCAGGACACCCGGUGGAUGCAUUGGGUGACACUGGUGCGAAUCGCAAUGCGAUGCAUGAAACAUUCGUCCGAAAGCGCGGCUAUGAUAUCGACCGCGAAGCUGCAUCCACCGUACGAGUUGGUCAAGGGACAGUUAAGACAAUUGGUGUCGUACGUGUGCCUUUUCGCUUUCGAGACGAGACGACCUCGUAUUCAUUCACAUUCCACGUUCUUCCGAAGUGUCCCCAGGACGUCAUUUUAGGCUCUACCUUCUUGAGGCUUACCAGAACCUUUUUGAGCGCGAAGAACUUCGCUCGUCGAGUCUUCGAUCGAACGGUAACGCGCAUGUCACAAUACUAUAACAUGCUCUACCUUGGCAAUUCCGGACCAAGGUUCAUAGGCACCAUCGGUGGUCGACCACAUCAAGUACUGGCGGACACCGGUUCCAAGGUGUUAAUCAUGGAUGAGGGUUUUGUGCGGUCGCGUGGGCUUCCGAUCAUCGACACAGAGGAAUAUCGCAUUAAGCUACGUUUUGCAGACGGCUCAGCGGCUCAUACAUCAGGCAUGACACAGGGAGUGAUAUGGCAGUUCGGGCCGACCAAGGAAGGGAAAAGCUUCCUACUGGACUUCUACAUACUCAAGGACGCACCCUCGGAUGUUAUUCUUAGCGAAAACUUCUUACUGAGGGAUACCAAAGCUUUCAUUGAAUACAGUGAUUACUUGCUCGAUGAUUACGAGGAAGAGGAAGACCAAGAGCAGGGCUGCGUCUUCGUCAUCAGGAAGGAGACGAGUCUUCAGUACAAGGGCCAUUACAAUGGAGCGGACCAGCUCUGCAGUGAUGUUGCAUGGGACCAGGAAAAGGAUCUGCGUCGAAAUGAAGACUACCGCAUCAGUGUCAUCCAAGAUGCCGCUGUAAGAGCUGAAGCUGAAGCAGCUGAGAGGUUACGUCGUCGACAAUGGGAGAACGCAUAUAUUGUCACUCAGACUGCCCAGGCAGGGCCUACUAGCACGACAAUCCAGAACCCGCCAGGUGUACCAGGCGGCGCAAGUCAGUCACCACCAACUGCGCAGCAGAGCAGCGGCGGUACGGAUCAGAAUCAGAUUCUGGGGCAUCGGAGAGUUCGGAAGUUUUGGAAGACAUCAGGAUUCUCCAUGUCACAUUAUCUAGGCGUUUGCGUGAAUUGGAAGCCAUGGUGA